UGAUAUCUGAAGUGAUGCCGCACUAAUGAUUAUGCGAAUUGACCUUUGGUGCCACGCUUACCUCGAUGCGACCAUGACUUAGCAUAUUUACAAUCUCACUUGUGUGACAAACACGCAACGGAGUGCUUUCAACCAAUUCCCGCCUACAUCUUGCACAUACGGAAAAGAUGCAGGUGUUACAGUACUUCGGUAUCGCUGCAGUCGUCGUCCUCUUCGUUUAUAUCAUCGCCAAGAUACUUCAAGGAAAAGAAAAGAAGCGAUCUGCAAGGCCUGGAACGGUAGUUCUACACCAGUUUCCUCCUUCCGAGCUCUGUGUUUCGGGGGGCUCUCCGCCAUGUUUGAAGUUGGAAACUUUCCUCCGCAUGACAAAGAUCCCGUACGAAAAUGAAUACAGUUUUAAAUUCUCCAAAAAAGGCAAAAUGCCGUGGAUUGAGUUCAACGGGCGCGACACAGCAGACUCUAAUUUUUGUAUUCGGUUCUUGACGAAAGAGUUCAAAAUUGACAUCGAUUCUCACUUGAAUUCCGAUGAAAAAGCCAUCGCGCACUCUGUUCGAACUAUGUUGGAGGAAAAUACCUACUGGGCCCUUGUGCACUAUCGAUUCUUUACUCCCAGCUAUGCUGAGAAAGAUCGCGAGAUAAUGUUUGGUCAUCUUAUCAUGCCGAUCAAGUAUCUUUUAUACUAUAUUAUCCAGCGAAGGGUCAAGAAGGAUUUAUGGUCGCACGGAAUGGGUCGACACUCGGAGCAGGAGCUCUAUGGAAUAGCGGAAAGGGAUCUUCUUGCAGUGUCAGAAAUUUUGGGGCAGAAGAAGUUCCUGUUUGGUGAAAAACCUUGCCUUGCUGACGCUGCAGUAUUCGCUUUUGUCUGUGGAGCAACUUGGGAGUGUCCACAAAGUCCUUUUGCCGAGCUCACGGCCAAAGCUAAAGCUCAGAAUCUUCAGAGACACGCUCAGCGAAUGAAGGAGCUGUAUUUUCCAGAUUGGGAUGAUAUCAUUUCCAAGAAACCUAAGUCUUCCUGAAGCUAGAAGUUUCCGCAAUCUCACGACCUUCUUAGUUACGUUUUAUGA